UUUUUAGUUUAAAAAAAAGUGGGAGUUAAGGGGUAAUAAGGAGAUUUAGUUGUGUAUUUAAUGUGAGCAUGCGCAAGUGCUUCUACCUCUUUUCCAAAUUCUUCUUACUUGCACGCUCACUUUCCUUUCAUUCCAUUCUUCUUCUGCUCAAUCCAUCUGAAAAUUGGUUGAGGGUAUAACAUCUGUGUGAAGCUCUAAGUAAUCAGCAUGCGUUGGUUGGGUCUUUUAGUUGAUAUGUUUCGCCAAGUUGUAAGCUUGAACUUAUACUGUAAAGUUAUUCUCUAGAUUAUCAUUCUUUUGGUGUGUGUGCAUUGCAUUUAGAUUGAUUGAGUAGAGUGUGGUGAGGAUCAAAGGAAGUUAUGGUAGGCCAAGCAGCUGGUAAAACAACGUUUCGGGCAUUAAAACAUUGGAAUGGCAUUGAAGGUGAACCAGCGAUUAUUGUUAGAGUCAUAGCGUGCUUUCAACCCUUACACGAUUGUCAGGCUGAUUACUUCCGUCAAUUGCUUAAGCCGGUCACGUAAUUGUUCUUUUAUCUUAAAGCUGGAAUUUGUAGUUUUCUUUUUCUGUCAUUUGUUUUGAAGAGAAGCAGCAAGUUAUUGAAGGCCCCGUAUCAAAGAACCAAACGAGUGGUUCUAUUGUUCUUUGGGACUUUUUUCGGGUUCGAUGGUUAAGGCUCAUGAAUCUUGGCCUUUCCCAGAGCAUGUGGCUUGGCCAUCUCUUUAUUUGAAUGGCGCCAACACAUUGCCGGAUCCUAGUUUUUGUGGUCAUUCAGCAUAUCUGAAUCCCGCUCUCAGUGCAUUUCCAGGGUUCACAGCUCUUGCUACUCCAAGCCUGCAGACUGAUCAGACCAAUGAAGUGCGAGGGUUCGUUCGGGAUCCUAAAACAGAACCGUGUUUGAAAGAAAGAAAUAAUUAUGGAGCUAUGCAAAGCCCAAAUCCUGCAUCUUUGCAGAAGAAAUUUAUUAUAUUUGACCGGUCUGGUAAUAAGACAAGGUUGUUUUAUAGUCCUGUCUUCCCACUUAAUCAGAGUCCAAUUGAUACUAUUACGCAAUUCGCUCAAGCUUAUGAUGUUGAUCAGGAUGGACGGGCAACUAAUUUUUGUCAAAAACAUUUGCCAAAAUACAGUUUGCCAGAUGAGUCUGAUCAGGAUCAUGUAGUUAACGAAGAAAGUGAAAUGCGUGAAAACACAGAAGAAAUCAAUGCAUUACUUUAUUCUGAUGAUGAUGAGGAUGAUGACGAUGAAGACGACGAGGUAACAAGUACAUACCAUUCUCCAUUGAGUAAAAAACCAUUUGAGGACAUAAAGGAGGAUGUUGCUAGCUCUGAUUGGCCAAGCAAACGGCAUAAGCUAAUUGACGGUGGGUAUGCAAGAUUACCUCCGCCUCUGGACAGUGCUAGUUCAGUAAGACUAAACGAACCAUCUGAGUGUGUCAGCGAUGCCGAAUCCAAAUAUUCUGGCAGGCAAAUGUAUUUUACCAGGAAAACCGAAGAGGAUAAUUCAUCCUUUGGUGAUAUUCAAUUGAGAAAGGCUAAAAUCUACGAAUCAUUGAGAAUUCUCGAGAACUUAACUCCCGGAGCAAAAGGAAAGCAUCCGCUGUUAGUCAUUGAUGAAACUAUCGAUUACUUAAAAUCUUUGAUGUCUCAAACUGGUAUGCUUGGGGUAAAAAAUCACUAAAGAAUAAGUAUGAAUGAUGGAAAAGGCAUUCUUUGUUACGUUCUUAACUUUGUUGCAUGGUAAUUCUGAACACGGCAUGCUUUCUACUGUUAUUCUCAUUCUCAAGGUAUAUUUAUGGUUUAACAAUAAAGGGGCAAGUAAAAGCAACUACUAUAUACAGUAGUACUGCAAGUACUGCAAUUUGCCACUGUAAAAUGUAAAUGAAAAAUGUGAUUUGGGUUUCAAUUUGUUGACCAAAAGUUUGUAUCUUUAAGCUUUUGGAGAUAAAGGGUCACAGAUAGAAUUGACAGGAGCAUGAUUAGUGGAUGGUUGUGCUGUAAAUGAUGACAUUUUCCUUAAGAAAUGUUGAAUUUGUGUGUGAUUAUAUGCAUGCGCGUUUGGUAACUUUGGGACCCACUUUCCACCUUGUCCUUUUGAUUAUGCUUUUGUGAUAUCAUAUGAGAUAUUGGAGUGAGUAGAGUCUAAAGUGGGAGAAGAAAGUUUCUGAUGUUGGGGAGCGUGGUGUUUGAUUUCAUCAUGAAUUGAUGGGACCCUUUUGGUUUUGGUGGGUGGAAUGAAUGGCAACAAUUCCAUUUUCUACGUUGUCAUUGAGAGGUGUGUGUGUCUUGUGUUUGUUGAGUAUUCCAUUUAAGGUUUCAUUUUCAUGAUGCAAUUAUGUAUUUAUGUGUCGGUUUAUUGAGAAUGAGUCAAUUGUUUGGACAGUGGUCUUUUAAGGUUUCA